AUGGCCUCCGCCGCCGCCGUCGUUCGCGCGUCGACCGCGGCGGGACCGUCGUCGCGCAUCGUCGCGGCGCCGCGACCGCGCGGAUCUAUCCAUCGCGGAACGUCGUGUUCGCCGCGACCCCGCCGAAGGAGGACCCGACCCGACGGGGCGUCGUCCUCCGCGGGCGCGGUGAUGGGCGACGGCUGGGACGCGCGGCUCGCGGACGCCUUCAGGGACUGCCCCGAGACCCGCGCGCUGGUGACGUGCGACCUGGUGGCCCUGCGAUCGUGCGAGCUGUGCCCGGAGCUGCCCAUGUGGCUGCUCAACGACGGCGACGACGUGCUCGCGCUGUGGGAGCGCACCGAAUCCUUCGCGGCGGCGUCGAGCGGAGGUGGACUGUGCCCGCCGUACUGGGCGGUGCCGUGGGUCGGGGGUCAGGGAGUCGCGAGGUACAUCCUAGACAACCCGGAGGUGGUCCGCGGUCGGUCCGUGCUGGACGUCGGCAGCGGAUGCGGCGUCGCGGCGCUCGCCGCGGCCAGAGCCGGCGCGGCCAGGGUCUGCGCCAACGACAUAGACCCGCUCGCAGCGGUCGCCUUCCUCGCGAACGCCGACGCGUGCGGGCUCUCGAACGGGCCGUGUACGCUGGAGACGUCGCACGAAGACCUCCUCCGCGCUCCAAUCUCGCGGAUACGCGCGUACGACGUGGUCAUGGCGGGCGACGUGUGCUUCGUCAAGGGUCUCGCCGAGGCGUUUCAAUCGUGGCUUUCAGCGGUAGCCGAGGACGACGGCUACGGCUGUGUCGGCGCGGGCGGCGGCCGGACGGUCCUGUUGGGGGAUCCCGCGAGGCAGACGCGGUGGGCGCCGACGGCGGGGUGGGCGGUUGGCGCGCGGCGCGCGGCGGAGUACGAGGUGGUGACCGCGGCGACUUCGGCUCUGACGGAGGGUGCGGCCGCGAGGAUGACGACGGUGUGGCGGGUCGAUCGACCGGUGGUGUAG